GAAAGAAUACGCGUCUCAUCCAAACCUUUUUAACCUCACCGACGAGUCAUUGCAGACUGUCCCCCGUCGCGGCCCAUCGCUGUUUAUCCAAAUGCCCGAUAUUACCCGAGAUUCUCAUCCAAAUGUUUUGGGCAGAUACUUUCCUUUUUUAUCGUCUCCCGGCCACAGCUCAGUGCGCACUGCCCACUCAUCGACGCUCUUGCCAACGACAUUUCUGUCUAAUAGCCACGACAGGCAAGGAUCGUCGAGAUAGUCCCUUCCACGCAUACCCUCGGAUCUUGGUGCUAUAAUAAACUAAGGAUGGGCGAGGUGGUCAAUGCUAUCGUAGCCGUUGCCGUCAUCUUCUUCAUCUUCCGAUGGGCUACUUCAGGUUCUUCAUCGUCUAAUGAUGAAAGACGAUCGGCAGCUGCUGCGCUAGGUUUCCGGCCAAAACCCGUCACACAGGAGAUGGUCAAUCACGUCCACGCAGUGUUCCCAGAUGUCCCACCAGAUAACAUUCGCUUCGAUCUUCUCAGGACGGGUAGCGUUGAGCUCACGUCGAAUAAGAUCUUAGAGCGCGGAUUUCUGGAGGCGCCACCAGCAGCAUAUUAUACAGUCUAUCCCCCCGCAGAGGCGCCUGUACCGCAGCCAUCGAGUGGGUUGCGCCCAGCUUCAGCUUCGUCAAUGUCGUCGAGUGCGAAGCAGCCAUCCUUGAUUGAACGCUACAGCCUACACGACCGCUUAGAGGGCGUGGUCUCUGCCCCUGAGAUAGAAGUGGGAGGAAAGGCAAAGUGGGAAGACACAGCUGAGAAGCGCGAGGCGAGUUUGCAGGAACGAAAGGCGCAGAUGAUAUUAGCAGCUCGGCAACGAAUGCUUGCUCAACGACAGAAAGAAAGUGCUUCUGAGUGACAAAUAACUUCGGUGCCUCAGCUUACAGGGUCUCGUAUUGAAGAUGUUGACUAAUCUCUAUCCACAUACUCAAUGUGUCUAUUUGAUGCUGUGAAUAAUUGCUGCAAUUGGCAUUGUAUUCCCUACUCCU